AUGAAGUUGUCGAAGUUGUCGGUGUCUUUCGACGAGGCAAGGAGAGAAGCUGACGCGCUUAGGAAUACGGUAAGAAGGUUGGAGGAGGAGAAUGGGCAGUUGUGCGUGAAAAGUCGUGGAAUGAAGAGUGCGUUGGCGGAGACUGAAGCAACACUUCGUGAGGAGAAGCGCUCGUUGAUGGCGGAGGUGUCGUUGCUGCGCUCCCGUUGCCUUGCGCUGGAGCAGGAGGUGGCGAGCGCUACGGAGCUUUCACAUGAGAAAGCGGAGGCGGCGAACAGUCUUUUGCAGCAGCUUGCGGAGGCAAAGUCGAGGGCAGCGGAUUCGGCGUAUUCCGAUACCGCGAGGCUGGCCGGGGUUUCAGUGGGCCUAGAAGAGGUGGUGCUUUGUCUGCGUGAUGCUGCGGUGGCGGAGUUGAAGCGGGCGGCGCGGGGGACAGUGGUGGUGGAUGAGGAGGGAGAAGGCGUGAUGCAGCUAGGGCGCGAGCUUUGCAGCGCGAUUGAGCACACGGCUGGUCUUUCCCUGCAAGUGACGCGGCGGCAGAGGCAGUUGACGCAGCUGAUUAACCUGGUGGCGGCAAAGCAGAGCGUGGCGCUGCGGAAAAUUCAGCAGUGUCUGUUGGGGUCCGUCGCGCUGGGAAAGACGGACGCCGCCAUCCUGGAGGCGUGCCUGCUGCUCUUCAACGAUGUCGCGGACGCUCUUAGUGCGGUGGCGGUCGCGGAGGCCGAAGACGUCGCCCGGCCGUCGUCACCGACGCCGGUGGGGGUCGAGCGGGAGUCGCUGCUUCAACGGACACCGCGUGCGGCGCAGAGUCGCGUUAGUGACACCACGCCGUCGCCCGAGCGGCACGCUGCGCCAUCCCCCGGCGAGAGGAGGCCGCCGGCCCCCUCCUCCUCUCGGGGCCAUGCGACGAUGUCCUCCGCGGCGAGGGGCUCGCCGCACGCCCUCCGAGUGCCGUUGGAGCGGCAGUCAAGGAUGGACGCCGGCCACGCUGGCGACGACCCUUUCGGCUACGCCGUGGCCACCCUGUCGGCGCAAGAGAAACAGUAUGAUCGCAGGCAGCAUUCCGUGCCCAUGAAGCGAUGGGUGGCACCUGGAAAGGCGGGCGCUGCAACACGCGGCGGAAUGUGA